AUGGCCAGUGAAAUGAGACAGCAACAAACAACAAAUACUGUAGAGGAGCCACUUGAUCUCAUCAGACUCAGUCUAGAUGAGCGAAUCUAUGUCAAAAUGAGGAACGACAGAGAGCUUAGAGGAAGACUACAUGCAUAUGAUCAGCACUUAAAUAUGAUUUUGGGUGAUGUGGAAGAAACUGUAACUACAAUAGAGAUUGAUGAAGAAACCUAUGAAGAGAUUUAUAAAUCUACCAAAAGGAAUAUUCCAAUGCUCUUUGUGAGAGGUGACGGCGUUGUGCUUGUAGCUCCCCCAUUGAGGGUUGGUUGAAGCAACAGAGGAUUUAACCUUGUUGGAAGUUUCAGACAUUUGGACAAUGGUUCGUGUUUUGAUCAUGCAUUUAAAAAUUCUCUACAUGUUUUUUAUAGGAUGUUUUUGUCUGUUCUUUUGGGAAGGGGAGGGAAGGGGAACCAUUUUGUCUUGCAGAAAGUAUAUGUAGUCAACUGAAGCAGUGUAAACCCAAUGUCAUUUUCUCAGAAUUAAUGUAACUGCUGUGAGUUGGCUGUCUUGUCACAUAAGUAAAAGAAUCCUUAAUUUUUUUCAAUCUUAGCAGUAGCACUGUCUUAAAUUUUUGUUUUAAAUAAAUUUGGUUUGUAUUUCAGA